AUUGUAUUUCAACAACUGACUGCUUCUUUUGACAUUAGGGGGUGUGACGGAGUGUUUAAAGACUGCAUACUCCUGUUUUAUGAAGGCAUGUAACAGCAAAGGGAAGAAGUCAGUGGAUGCUUGUCACAACAUAGCUCUGCUUGCCCAUGACGGGCGAGCCAUGGAGGGCGGAGUAGAUGCGAAGGUGGCUCAGCAGUACUACGAGAAGGCUUGUGAGGGAGGCUUCGCCCCCAGCUGUUUCAACCUGAGCACUCUUUUAAUCCAGGGAUCUCCAGGGCUGGACAAAAACAUGCCGCUGGCUCUAAAGUACGCCCUGCGAGCCUGCGAGCUGGGACACGUAUGGGGCUGCGCCAAUGCCAGUCGCAUGUACAAACUGGGUGAUGGGACAGAUAAGGAUGAUCAGAAAGCAGAGGAGCUGAAGAACAAGGCCAGAGAACUCCACGGACAGCAGAAAGAACGCCAACUAAAAUUUGGGGAGUGAGAUAUCAUGCAUAACAGUUCACU